AUGGCAGAGAUACCCCACAAAACCGCCCUCUCGGGAAAGCUGCUUACCAUGAAGGCGUGGCUCAUUGCCAACACAAGAGAAGACAGUCGUAUUGUCUCCGAGCCUGCAGCAAGGAGGGACAAGUUGGUCAAGGAGCAGAAGCGUAUCGUGACAGAGGCCCAUUGGGUCAUUGACCAGGCUACUGUCGAUCUUCCCAAGCCUAAGUUUCAAGUUGACUACGAGCCAAGUUUCUUACAGAUGACUGCAGCGGAACGGUCAAGCGUCGGCAGGUUGUCUUUCCAAAAGUUCAACUCUGUUGUCGAGAAAUCAGCAUCGCAAGCGGCAGGAGACCAGCAAUUGGAACGUGAGUUAAAGAGACAGAGACAGAGCGAGAUCAGCGACGAUGAGAUGGCAAAGGAGAUGGGUAGAUCCAACAAGGCAAAGAAAACAAAGGAGGCAGCAAAAUCCAGCCAGUCCAAGAAGCCAACGACAAACAGGAGGGCACCGCCCAAGCCAUCAGGCGGCGGCGGGAAGUUCAUGAAGCCUGAGUAG